CUCAUGCUCGUCGUGUGUUGACGUAUAAAUCGUUUUUGUGAAUACUGUUUUUGUGUUUGGUGUCAUAGUGAUUUAAAACAUUCAUAUACGCCGCCAUUAAUUGAAAAAUGCCGUAAGAUGUUGUUGAUAGUGCUGUCGUGCGUUCUGGCCGUGGGCGCCGCCUGUCCGUGGGCGUGCUCCUGCCGGCCAGGUGCCGCUGACUGCGCCCAUCGAGCCCUGCUCCACGCACCUCGAAGACUGCCAGUAGAUGCCCAUAGGCUAGAUCUUCAAGGCAACAAUAUAAGCAUCAUCUUCCAGAGCGACUUCCAGAACCUGAAGGAACUUAAGAUUUUACAAUUAUCAGAGAACCAAAUUCACACUAUAGAGAGAGAUGCGUUCUUGGAGCUGAACGUACUGGAGCGACUGAAACUGAGCAAUAAUCGACUCGGCCACAUACCUGAUGGUAUUUUUCUGAGAUUGAGGCAUCUACAACGUUUGGACUUAAGUCGCAACGAACUGACCGCUAUCAGCAGACGGACCUUCCGAGGUCUGACCGCGCUGAAAAGUCUACACUUGGAUGGAAACCAGCUCAAGUGCAUUGACGAAAAGGCGCUGGAACAUUUGAAAAGCUUGGAAGUCUUAACCCUGAAUAACAAUAACCUGACGUACCUAUCACUGGAGGCGGUGUCUGUCGCUCGUCUCCACACCCUGCGACUGUCGGACAAUCCGAUCGUGUGCGACUGUCGUGUCGCACGUCUGGCUGCGGCCGUACGCGCCGCUGGAAUACUCGGACUGGGAGCGAGAUGUCAGGCUCCAGCAACCUUGAGAGGAGCCAUGCUGACGGAGUUGGAAGCCCAAGAUUUAAUAUGCAACGGACCUAACUCCAUAGCGGAGUGUUCGUCAGAGCCGCGCUGUCCGCCCGCGUGCCGUUGUUCCACCGACGGCACCGUCGACUGCCGAGAGAAACUCCUCACAGAGCUGCCCACCACCAUACCGCACAGAGCCACUGAGAUCCGUUUAGAACAGAACGAGAUAACUGAAGUAGGCGCUGGCGCCUUCUCGGCCGUGAAGAGAGUCGCGCGCAUCGACCUGUCCAACAACAAGAUCGCCAAGAUGGCCGGCGACGCUUUCAACGGCCUAACACACCUGACUUCAUUAGUUCUCUAUGGGAACAAGAUAAAAGACCUGCCAUCAGGGAUCUUCCACGGGCUGACAUCGUUACAACUGCUGUUGCUCAAUUCAAACGAGAUAAGUUGCGUCCGUAAAGACACGUUCAGGGACUUGCAGAGUCUAAAACUACUAUCUCUCUAUGACAACAACAUCAGGUCGCUUCCGAACGGAACCUUCGAUUCACUCACCGGGAUACAAACUUUGCACUUGGGUCGUAAUCCGUUUUCCUGCGACUGCUCGCUGCGCUGGCUGGGCGCCUACCUCCGCCGGAACCCCAUCGAGACCUCGGGCGCCAAAUGCGAUUCUCCCAAGAGGAUGAACAGGAAACGAAUCGACGCUCUGAGGGACGAGAACUUCAAAUGCAAACCCGGUGAGGAGCCUCCGGACGCGUGCGGCGACGCGCCGCCCUGCCCCGACACGUGCGCCUGCUCGGGCGCCGGCCGCGCGCUGCGGGUGGCGUGCGCCCGCGCAGGUCUCGCCGACGUGCCCAGAGACCUGCCGCUCACAACACACGCACUGAUCAUGCCGGACAACAAUCUCGGUCAAAUUAAAUCUGACGGACUAUUCGGGAGACUGCCGGACCUCGCGAAGCUGGACCUGAGGAACAAUGGUAUAACAGUGAUAGAGGACAACGCGUUCGACGGCGCGGUGGCCAUGAGGGAGCUCUCGCUGGAUGGGAACCUGCUGCAGACUGUGGGCGACAAAAUGUUCUUCGGACUGCACAGCCUUACUCUGCUGUCCCUGACUGAUAACAAAAUAAGGUGCAUCACCCCCGGCUCCUUCGACCACCUGACGAUGCUGUCGACUCUUUCGUUGGCCAACAACCCUAUCGCGUGUAACUGUCACAUGUCCUGGUUGCCGGGCUGGUUGCGAGGGCGGCGGCUCUCCUCGGGGGUGACGUGCGCCCUGCCCCUCGGCCUGCGCGGCACUGAGCUCCAACAGCUGGAAGUGGUCGACUUCAAAUGUGCCCCGGACGAGCAGGGCUGCCUCCCGGCGGACUACUGCCCCGAGCGCUGCGCUUGCGCCGGGACCGUGGUGAGAUGUGCUCGAGCCAGACUGACCUCGCUUCCGCCGAGAAUACCGCCCUACACCACGGAACUGUACUUGGAGUCCAACGAGAUCACCAGCAUCUCCUCGGAGCAGGUCCGUCACUUGACGCAGCUGACGAGGCUGGACCUCUCCAACAACAGGAUCGCAGUGCUCUCCAACAACACCUUCGAAGGUCUCAGCAAGCUCUCCACGCUCAUCGUCAGUUACAACAGGCUGAGAUGCGUUCAGCGGGACGCGCUCAAGGGUCUGACGCAGCUCCGCGUGCUGUCUCUCCACGGCAACAACAUCUCCACUCUGGCGGACGGGGUCUUCAGAGACCUCGAAUCCAUAUCACACGUUGCCCUGGGGUCCAACCCCUUGUACUGCGACUGCAGCGCGCGCUGGCUGUCCGAGUGGGUCAAAGUGUCCGGGGAGUAUGUGGAGGCGGGCAUCGCUCGCUGUGUGGCCCCACCGCCCAUGAGGGACAAACUGUUGCUCAGCACAGCUACGAGCGCUUUCGUUUGUAACGGUAACCCCCCACCGGAAGUCGUGUCCAAAUGCGACCGCUGCUACCGGAACCCGUGUCUGAACCAAGGCACGUGUCGCUCCACCGCAUCCGGAGGCUUCGCCUGUUCCUGUGCCCGAGGCUUCCACGGAGAAACUUGUCAGUAUGAGAUAGACGCGUGCUACGGCUCUCCCUGCGCCCAGGGAACCUGCCAGCUGCUGGAAGAGGGGAGGUUCCAUUGUGCGUGUCAUGCUGGAUACACAGGCGUGAGGUGUGAGGUGGACAUUGACGAUUGUGUCGGCCACCGCUGCAAGAACAACGCGACCUGUGUGGACCACCUGGAGGGCUACACCUGCAAGUGCGCUCCAGGUUUCAUGGGCGAGUUCUGCGAGAAGAAGAUACCGUUCUGCACGAGCGGCUUCAACCCUUGCGCCAACGGAGCCUCGUGCGUGGACCUCGGCAGCCACUACACGUGCGCGUGCCCCAAGGGCUACUCGGGACAGAACUGCACUAUCAACGCGGACGACUGUAUGAACCACAUGUGCCAGAACGGCGCUACUUGUAUGGACGGGCUGGACGAGUACCGCUGCGCAUGCGCCGCGGGGUACGCGGGCCGGUACUGCGAGGCGGCGCCCCACGCGGCUCUGGGGACUUCGCCCUGCGCGCACCACGACUGUGUGCACGGAGUCUGCUAUCUGCCGGCCCUGGCGCUACACGAUGACAUCAUGAUGGAGAGACCUCUGCUAGCGCCGCCCGACUACCUCUGCAAGUGCGCGCCGGGAUACUCGGGUCGGUACUGUGAAUACCUGACCUCUCUGACCUUCAACCACAACGACUCUCUCGUCGAACUGGAACCGCUAAGGACCUCGCCGCAAGCUAACGUCACACUCGUUUUUAGCACAAAACAGUUGCACGGAGUCCUCAUGUACUUCGGAGACAACGAACACUUGGCCGUGGAGCUGUUCAACGGAAGAAUUAGAGUUAGCUACGACGUCGGCAACCAUCCCACGUCCACCAUGUACAGCUUCGAAAUGGUGUCCGACGGUAACUACCACAAAGCUGAGCUUUUGGCCAUCAAGAAGAAUUUCACUCUCCGCGUCGACGACGGGCCCGCCAGGUCCAUCAUAAACGAAGGCAGCAACGAAUUCCUCCGCCUGGAGCGCCCGAUGUUCGUGGGAGGUGUGCCGCCGGAUGUCGCCAAGGACGCCUUCAGCAAGUGGCACCUCCGAAACAUAACUAGCUUCAAAGGGUGUCUCAAAGAGGCGUGGAUCAACCACAAACGUGUUGACUUCGUGAACGCAGCUCGAGCGACUCGGACCACCGCGGGUUGCGGGGGCGGAGGCCUAGCCGGGCCCGGGGCCGAGGAGCCCCCGGCGCCCCCGCACGCUCUCCAGGAAGACGGCGCGCACGAACCAGACCCCUGCGUGCCGAAUCCUUGCGCUCGCGGCGGGCGCUGCGUCCGUGAGGCGGGCUCCCGGUCCGACUACACGUGUCGCUGCCGCGCCGGCACCGCGGGGGCGCAGUGCGAGCGCCGAGCGUCCGUUGGCAGUACACCAGUCAUCACUCAGUCGAAACUUCCUCCUCGAAAACAGGUCAUCAACAACGUCCAAGCAUCGCCAGCUGCACCUUCGCCGAAGCAGUAUCCAGACCAAGCCUCUGCACCACAAAUGCCAUCAACUGCAGCCUGCAGAAAGGAAGCGACGCGUGAAUUUAUAACAGAGGGCUCGUGUAGGAGCCGCAGGCCUGUCCGAGGGGCCCGCUGUACCGCCCGGACUGUGGGGCCCGGAGACAGUGGGGGGGCCUGUCCGCGAGCGACGUGCUGCGCUCCAAGGAAGACUAAGAAAAGGAAGAUUCGGCUCGUCUGCUCGGACGGCACGCGGUACACCAAAGACAUAGAGAUAGUGCGGAAAUGCGCCUGCGGGAAGAAAUGUCCAGCGAGGAACACACCAUUCCUACACUAGAUGUAGACAUCCCUUAUACUACGACAUUAUCCUGUACACGCCUUUAUAAACAUCCAAUCCCUCGUGUGUACACACCUUAAGAACGCCGACUUCAUCGUAGCGACCCGAUUUUUAUAAUUGGUUUAAAUCGUACUAAGUAUUUACCAAAAAAAAAAGCGUAACUUAAACUUUAUCAUAUUAAUAUUUUAUUUGAUUAUAUCAAUGACUGUCGAGGCCUAUCACGUAUGGCCUAAAUUGAUAGAAAUACAAUAUUAUCACACACGCUGACUGCCAUUUUAAUUCGUAGAUAUUGUAAUAAUCGUGAAUAUUAAUGUUUUAUAUUUAGACGUAGUGAUGUACCCCGUUAGAUGUAACACUUAAAUAUACUCAAAGAUAAGUAAUUUAUGCAUUUGCUGUUAUACUUGCGCCCUAGAGGCUAAUUUUAAAUAUGGAACUUGAUAUUUUUUUUUAACCGCGAACGCGUGUUGAACCUUAACAUUAUUAUGUGUUCAUUUUAUAUAUCAUUUAGCUAAUUGUUAAGUAAUUCGUAUUUAUAAGUUAGUUUUAAGACGUCUAUAUAAAUUAUUCUCUUUUAAAUUGUAACCUAAGUCUUGCCAUAAAUUAUAUUUUGGUCAAAGUAUCCGCUUUUCUAAGACGCGACCGUAUUCGGCUAUACCACUUUUAGUUUUUAUAAUAGAACUUUUUCGAACGAUCCUCUUUUGUAAAUUAUGGAUUAUUUAUUGAAGUUUAUUUGCUUGUCUCAAUGAAGGCUUGUUUACUGUAAAUUUGUAGUUAAGAUUAUUGUAUAGAAAAAAUAAUUUAGAUGACACGCAUUCCCUAUUUAUUUUCUUAUGUUUUUUUUAUGAACGCAUAAACUCAUCAUUAAUUAUAUAUUUCUUUCAGUAUUAAUAAUUUGUUAUUUAGAGAGAAGUCUAUGGUUUUUUUUUAUAUUAUACACCCAAGUUUAUCGAACGGCACAAUAGCUACCGGUCCAUAAAGAUUUCUCUAUACUAGUGUAAGCUUUAAGUUACAUACCAUAGACAGUACAUGCGCUUUUUAUCGGUAAUAAUUAAAAGGUCAUAUUGUCUAUGAACUUUAUAAUUUAUUUGAUGUAAUAAAAGAGGAUGUUAGAUAAAAAA